GCGCGGGGGCCCGGCCGGCGGCUGCGCUGUCACGCGUGGGGCCGCGCUGGGCGCCCGCUGCUGCUAUCCAGCAAGGGGCGGUGUGAGGGGACGCUGCGGUCCCUUCCGGCCCCUUCGGCUCCUGUCCUGUGAAAUACCCCCGAGUGCCGGGCCUAGCGCCCGGAGACGCUGGUAGCCGGGCUGCUAAUGCCCAGUGCGGGGCAAGCCCCAGGGAGGCUCCUGGCGAUUGGGCUUUGAUGCAAAGGGGUUGAGGAGAAGCUUUGCUCCCACCGGGCCGCGGCAAGAGGUGCCGCUUAUGUAGCAAGCUGGAGAAGUGGGCAGCCAGCUAAGCUAAGCCUUGUAGCUCACGAAAGCUUAUGCUCUAAUAAAUUUGUUAGUCUCUAAGGUGCCACAAGUCCUCCUUUUCCUUUUGGGUUGAUGAGGGUUAGCUAGUAGUAGGGUGACCAGAUGUCCCGAUUUUAUAGGGACACUCUUGAUUUUUGGGCCUUUCUUAUAUAGGCUCCUAUUACCCCCCCCCCCCCCCCCACCACCACCUCCUGUCCCGAUUUUUCACAUUUGCUGUCUGGUCACCCUAGCUAGUAGCCGCUCAUAAUGAGUGAGGCACCUGCCCCAUGUUUCAAUUGCUAGUGAGAGGCCCCUGCUCAAAAAUCGGUGUAUGUUUAUAUCUACGCUUGGAAGAAUUAGCUCUUCAGCAGUAAAUGUCAGUAAUGCCUGCAGCACAAUGAAGCUUUUGUUGACAAGGUCCACGUCUUUGAUGGCAGAACACUCUUCUUUGGGAAAUGAAGAAUGGAAUCCUUGGGAAGGAGAUGAAAAAAAUGAGCAGAUUGCUUCACAGCAGAGAUAUGAAACUAACCUUCAAAUGUUAAAAAAUAUGAAAUCCCAGCAAGAACAAACAGACCUUAAAGUGCAGAUCUGGGGUAAAGCAGCCAUUGUAGACAAGAGAUGCCAUGUAUGCACCAAGUACUCCAGCAGCUCUUCAUUAUUUUAUGUAGGUCUUUACCUCUGGCAACAUAUUCUUGAAGGUCUGCUUGAACCUGCUGAUGUGCCUGCUCAGUGGAGAGAAGGAACCAUAAAGGGAGGAAAAACACAUUUCAGUUUCAUCACUGGUCCAGCCGUAGUCCCGGGAUACUUUUCAGUAGAAGCUGAAAAUGUGGUUCUAGUUCUGAAUGGAAGAGAGGAAGCAAAGAUCACUUACGCCACUCAGUGGCUGAAUUAUGCACAAACUUUAAUACAAACUCGCCAGCUGAGGCAUGUUGCCAUUGUGCUGCUUGGAAGUGAACAGUGUAACAAUGAAUGGAUUCACCCAUACCUGAGAAGACACGGAGGAUUUGUGGAACUACUUUUUGUAGUAUAUGACUGUACCUGGGUAAACGAAGAAGAUAUUUUCCAGUGGCCUUUAGGAGUAGCUACAUAUAGGAAUUUCCCCAUGGUAGAGCCCAACUGGUCAAUGCUACGUUCUCCAAGAUCAUAUCUAUGUAAUUUUUUAGGAACUGUGUAUAAAAAUUCAUCUAGGGAGAACCUAAUGGAAGUUUUGAAACAAGACGGGCUUGAUAAACUCUGUUGGAUUGCAGCCAGAGAACAGUGGCAGCCUCAAGAAACAAAUGAAAGUUUUAGAAUCUAUCAAGAUGCAUUGCUGCAGAGUGAUCUCACAUUGUGCCCAGUGGGAGUAAAUACAGAAUGCUAUAGAAUUUAUGAAGCUUGUUCAUAUGGCUCUGUUCCUGUUGUAGAAGAUGUAAUGACACCAGGCAAGUGUGGAAAUUCAUCUAUAUACCACAGUGCUCCACUGCAAUUACUAAAGACCAUGGGGGCUCCAUUUAUCUUUAUUAAAAACUGGGAAGAACUUCCUGCUGUUUUAGAAAAAGAGAAAAAUAUGAGCUUACAAGAAAAAAUUCAAAGGAGAAAAAAGCUUAUAGAAUGGUACCGGCACUUCAAAGCACAAAUGAGAGAUAAAUUUAUUAAUAUCUUGGAAAAUUCAUUUUUACCAAAUGAUAAAGGAGGUUAAUUGCCCCCUUUUGAAAAUAAAAAAUAGAUCAAAAGUUUAAUUUUCACUGACCUUCAAGUAAGCUUUUCUAUAAAAAUAAAAAAUAAACGAACCACUUCCCGAGCAGGUGCAAUUUCUUUGAAGUCAGUAGAGUUGCACCAGCUUAUCCCAGGGCUGAGUUUCACCCUUCUUUUCUAAACUACUUUCAGAGAGGAUGCAGUCUUACAGGAUAGUAGUCUGGAUGGAUGACAUCAACUUUAUUAUUAUUUUUUGCAGUGACCAUCUCUCAUUCUUAGCAAGUCAUCACUUCUGUGUUUUAAUCUAGAUAUGGAAGCAUUUCAGCAAAUACAUCAUCCAAAAAGCAUAAGUGGUGGCUUCACUACACUAAUAUUUAUAUCUUUAGCAUUCUUUCCUGAAAUUCUCCUAUCAUUUUCCUUAGUUUAAAAUAAAAUUUUAUUAUCGUUUUCAUUAACUGAGGAAAAAGAGAACUACGGUCAAGCAGGCCUUGAAUGACAGAACUUUUAACAAUAUCAAAAUAAAGUCUUUAAACUAUUGCAGAUAACGAGCUCUUCCCUCCUCCUCCCACUUUUGGCAAGUACAAAAUGAAGCCAUUUAAUAAUUUGGGCUCCUCCCAUUUAUCUAGUGUCUUAGGGGGAGAUUGUAUUGAAAUUGUAUUGUAUUGAAAAAUGUCAUUUCUGUGAAGUUAUCAAAAGAACUUUCCUCUCCCAAACUGGCCAUUGAUAGAUGGAAUAUUCCCUGCUACCCCACUUGUUUGACUAGCUUGCUACCAUAUACUAAAGUAUCUCAGACCAUCCUGGAAUAAAUGGUAUCAUUAAAUCUUUUUCAUCCAAAACACUUCUGUAAAGGAACGUUCUCAUAUUUUAAGUAUUUGUCUAAGCUCCUGAUCCAUCCCCAUCCCACCAAAAAGUAACAGUUUACCUUUUAUUGGAAGUUUUUCCCGUUAAUGUUUUGGUGAUUGUGUAUGAUGUUGUCAGAGUACGAGUACAGUGUGUAAAGAUGCAUAUGGGCAACAUUUUCAACAAAAACAAGACCCACUUGUUCAGAUAAAAUUAUAAACACAAUUGUGCUUCUAUCGUAUAGCUUUGAGGCCAAGAGUUUAAAAAGAUUCAAAAAAGGACUGGAAGUAAAAAUGUUCAGAUGUGCCAGCGUGAUCUAGGAGCCUGCUUCCCAUAUUCUUGCUCUUUCGUCAGAAGCAUCUGGUUCGAACCACUGUCAGAGACAGAACACUGGACUUAGUGGACCACCAGUCUUCUCUAGUAAGGCAAUUCUUGCAUUUCUGCAUUUGUUUGUGAUUGCACCUACAUGUGGCCAUUAAAGGUUUUGUUUUUAAUUUGGUGCUACUACUGUAGAGAGGGUUGCACUCUCUGCUUGUCAGAUUCUCCACAUGUGUGGGUGAGACAGUGUGCAGUGUCCCUUAUUCUCAUCUUUUCCCCCAUGCAAGGAUCUGCAGAGCUUCCUCCACAGAGUCUGGGCACAGGAGGUGGCAGGAUGAUGAUGAAGAGGUAGCACAUUGUCUACUGUGUGACCCUGGGUAUAUCCAGGAAUGCAGAGUUUCUCUUCCAGGUGCAGAUCUAUGGAUCGCUAUCUGCUCCAAUAAAAACGGACAAAACUAAUUUAUCCUUAUAGUAUGUUAUUUGUCUGUCCAGUGAAACUGAUGAAGACCUGAAGCUUUAUAACAUUAUAACUUAAUCUUUCCAUAAAAAACAGAAAAGUUUAAUUGAGGAAGAAGAGAGCGUACUAGAUUUCCAAAGGAAAAGUAGUAGAUGGUGGUUCUUAGCUCACAAAGAAUAUUUUUAAAUAAAAAAGAUUUUGUGUCUGUGAGCUGCUGUUAUCCAACAUCAUAGCACUAUCAAAGGAUAACAGUAACUAGAAGUUAUAUGGUACAGAGUAACUUGAUUGUGAAGAGAUGUAAAUAAACUAUGACCAUUGUAAAAUAACCAGGCUUCGGUUAUUGGUGGUUAAGAUGGUAGAUGUGUGUUUUGAAAAAUGCAAUCUUUCACUUAAUUGCUAUGUUUGUUAUCAAGGAAACGGCUCUAAAGCUAGUUAAACAUGUAUUGUAUAAAAAUGGUGUAACUAUAUUUCAGUGUAGAAUUUCUGAUCCUUGACUUAUGCAGACACUUCUAAGAAAAAAAACAUAUCUGCGAUCAGAUUUUCCCCUCCAUUUGAAAGAAUCUUCUCUUCAUUCCUGUUUAAUAUUGGGGCAUAACUUUGUGGGGCUGAGCAUCUGUACCUCUCACUGACUUCAGCUGAAGUUGUGAGUUUAUCAGUCCAUAAGUGUGCACCUUCAUGUGGCAAUUUUGAGCAUUCUCAAAAUCUGCUUAAGUUGUCAACAUUUAAAGGGGAUUUACAAGUAUAAUAUUGUCUAUACAAAGAGCUUUGAGUAUGUGAGAGUAUCAUGGAGCUCUGGUACUAUUUUGCUGUGUAAGAAAUAUUUAAUGCACUGUUGUAAUCACUUCAGUGAAUGAUAUGGUCUGGGCUGCGCUAUACCCCACUCAAUACUCCCAUAUUUUGUAUGUAGUUUAGUCAAUUGCCUAAAUACUAUUCUGUCUCUAAGAAUGCCUUAUGGUAUCAAUUGCAUGCAUGAAUUCAAGAGCCAGUUCAACUAAAUAGUAAAAUAUGUACCAUAGUAUUGUCUUGACUGUGAUAUUUUCUGUGUUUAGAAUAUACCACAGCAAAGCAAUUUUGCAAUAGAUAUUCAGUUUUUAAUGGUCCCCACAAUAGCUUUUCCUAGAUCCUCUCAUUAAAAGUGAUGAACAGUGUGGCUUAGUAAAUUUAUAUUGUGUCA